AUGCGCGUUGAGACGGACAUUUUCAGCGGCCGCGUGGAGAUCCACCUCAAGGGGCUGAAGACCACCCAGCAGGGCAUGUUUCAGGGCAAGAAGCGCUUCUUCCAGAUAGCUUGCCAGGGCAAGUUCAAGCGUGCUGUGGACGCGGACGCGCUGUGCAUGGGCCAAGAGUUUGUCAAGCCGGGCAACGCGCCACCGUGGGUGGGGGAGGUGGUUCUCAAGGCGGCGUCCAAGGUGUUCAGCAGCAGCACGCACGUCAACGUGCAGUCGCGGCUGCCAUACUUCAUGAACCCAGUGAUCAACGUGUCCUGCGACAAGGACGCCCCGCACGACAUGUGGGCCGCCAAGGAGGACAUGCGCCUGUUCAGCAGCGACACCGCGGACAAGUCUGGCCAGCCCAAGCGCCGCCGCAAGUGGUGCGACAACCCCAAGAACCUGGAGGGCCUCACCCUCAGCCCAGACCACACCUACACCUUCCACAUCUGGCAGCACCUGAUCGACUUCAGCAGCUACAAGCUGAGCGUAGGCGGGCUGGUCAACAUCGAUCUCGCCGCAGCGCUCAGCGCUCAGCCGCUGCAGCUGACCUGCAAGGACAUCAAGGGCGGGCAGUACCUCUUUUCCUGCCUGGUGUGGCACGAGCGCCUGCUCUACGACGACGCCACCGCCGAGGCCGGCGCCACCCUCGCCUCCAGGUUUUCCAGCGUCGGCUCCGGCCUGGCCGGCAUGCUGGGUUUUGGCGCCAAACCGGCAGCGUGA